UGGAGCAUUCCACAAUUUCGAUUUUAACGCGAGCGAAGCUGCGGGUAAAAGCUAGUAGUCAUAUAUUUCUGGCCAGGCUUUAUGUUCCUUAAACCGUAUCUUAGACCAAAACUGUGACAAUGACAAUCAAACUGUUAAUACCAUAAAGUCUCGCAUUACAAAUCUAGGUGGCUACGUGAAGAUUUGUCUACAAUGUGUAAUUUAUCCCACAUUUGGAUGGUAUUGUGGUGUGCGGCCGGCUCGCUCGGGCUGCGCAGCGCGCCGCAGUACGCGCGCGACGUGUCCGAGCACUGCAAGCGGCGCGACGCGCUGCCCUCGGUGUUCCUCAGCCGCAGGGUCAUGGACGCCGACGCGCAGAACGGAGCCUGGCCAUAGUAUAAUCAUGGUGGUAGAGGUGUCGGCGGAAGAUUCCCUAGAAGAUUUCUGUAUCAAUGGAUAUCAGCUUGCGGUUUUUGAGUAUACUGAAAUGUUCGGCGGUUACUGGGGCCCAAUACCAGAAGCUGUUAUUAAACAGGACCCGGACGACCCAGUGUACACUAAGCAGUACACGCUGGCGACAAAACCGACGCCGCCUGUCACAAGACAAAAAACAGAAACUACAUUCUGGACACCUAAUACGACAACUUCAAGGUCUAGUGUCCCUACGGCUACGACGCAGGAUUACAUCACAAUAGAUGUGCCGUUGGUCAACCUCUCGGCUACUUUGUUUCCCAUACGAGUAGAAACUCAAUACCAAAAACCUUUCGACGUAGACGAGUUUUUUGAUCAAUUUUAUGAUGUUGUGCCGAGGCCGGGGCAGUUGUACAAGACCAGUAUAUUGCCUCUGGUGCAAAUAGCAGUGAAGCAGCAGGAAGGCUUACGGGAAGGCGACGGCGAACCCAGAUACGAACUUGAUUACGAAGUGGGCCCAUUUACGCCAGAUCAUAGGUUGACGACACCUGCACGCUCAAUAGCAACGCAAAUAAAUAAAAACAGGAAUAAUAACAGGUGGAAAAAGAAGAAACUGCAGGAUAAGCGUGUGGAACAAAAAACGUACUCGCCACGCGCCAGACCUAUAGAAUCUCGUAAAUUUUUCAGGAAAGAGUUCUCACUCCCAACAACUAGCCUCAGGCCAUCCAAACACGUGGACAAAGAAACGGAACCAUUCAACCUGGUAGAUGAUGUCAUAAAAUCACUCAACGAAAGUGGGAGUUUGAAACCACACAAACCCAACGACAGUCAUGUUUUUACGAUAUUUAACAAGUGGGAUAAUAGUUACCGCAACUUGAGUGUUUAUUUGGACCCGUAUCCUAAUGUAACAGUGAUUCCUUUCCGAAAAACAACGGAAAGUGUUUUGGGAACCGUGCUUAGUAAUGAUGAAUCACAGAAUUCGUCGGAAACCACUAGAAUCUCAUCUGCACUGGCAUACAAUACAAACUCAUACGAGAAAAAGCAAAACGAUGAACACAACUCGGUUAAAGUUGAGACCACAACGAUGGAAGGAAUCACAAAGUCGACAGUCGAAAUGACAACGACAUUUUUACCACUAUCGGCCGAAAGUCCCGAAACUAUGAAGAGCAUUACAAUUGGAACAAGCACCAAUUCGAGCUUUGAAACAAACGUCCAGGGCAAGUUAGAAUCCAGUACCCACGACGUUGAAGAUAGCAGUCGCCUUGAUUUGCGUCGUUUAGAAAACCAAGGAAUACAAAGUAGUCUAGCUGCUACACGACUUUUAAUCGACGACAUCCCGAUUCCUGUUAUCACUACAGAACGAUCUUUGUCGGGGACGUUGGUGGAUCACGAGUCGUGGGAGAACGUUGUACAGUCAGCGCCAGUGAUGGCCGGAUUGCUCAACCAACAUGGGCCUCAGCUUAUAAAACCACGUAACAAGCAAUGGCCUCACAGCUUACGGCGGCGGAGGCGGAGGCGGCACAUCUCAGCCAUCAUGAUCGACGACGCGCGCCCGCACCGGCGCGUCACCACGAGCCUGCCGCCGAUGCACGCGAGCGCGUUCGACGCCAACGACGUGCACGAAUUCGCGCGACUCAUGGAGCUCCCGGAUGACCAGAUGAAUAACCACGUGACGAUAAAAAUGAACACCGAAACGAAUACGCCGUUGUUCGAUAUGUGCACCGCGUCUAACCAGAGUAAAACACGAUUCUUAGUACUUUUUAACUCGUCGAGGAUAAUAUUGAGCAUUGAAAACUUUACAAUGUCCCACGUGAUGGUGGCGCUGACGACGGCUCGGCCACUAGCGCAGCUGGAGCCGCAGUGCCCGGGCAGCCUGGUGGAGUGCCAGGUGGAGGGCACCCGCCUCUGCAUCGACAGCACCAACUCCUGCGACGGCAUACCCAACUGCGGAUCCGCAUAUGCGUAUGACGAGGACCGCGUGCUAUGCGGCGUGAUCGACCGGCAGCGCAGCGUGUACCUCGCCGCCGCAACCUGCCUGGCUGUGCUGGUCACCAUGCUGUACAUCACGCACUACUGGCUCAGGAUAUGCGUUCCUCAGGUGGCUGAGGCCUUCUUCGUCUACUACGAUAGCGCUGACAAUAAAUUGUAUUUGGACUCAAUUAUGCGCUCACCAAUGGAUCCCGAUCGCGACCAAUACAUGUACAAUAGCGCUCUUUUUGACGAAGAGAAUAUGUUAUAUUCCCAUGACGUUCAAAGAUCUUCAAAUAUUUUUCACCGUAUGUUUUCUAUAUUCCACAAAAUACACUUAUUUAAGCAGCGGCGACCGUCGAAUAAAUUAGAAGAAGAGCAAGGAGCCGGGAGAUCGUUGUCUCUAGAAGUUCGUAGGAAUACCUCGUUGACUGAAUCCGAACUAUUAAGUAUGAUGAGCGACGGAAGAGAUCAAGAAGUGCAAACAGGAGAAAGUCUAGAAAUGGCUUAUUUAAAAGUGCUUAACGCGAAAGAAAGAGAAUCUGACAAGAGACAAACCAGACAACGCUUGCCCUCGGUUCACGAUAUUGUAUUUAGAGAUUACCUUAAUGCCCAACUAUCCAGUUCUUUGGAUACGAGUUUAGAAUCAGCCGGUCCGUCCGGAAGGCCAACGGUUCUUGCUCCUUCGUCCGGUUUAGAAGAAAGAGAAAUUCACAGCACUUUAUAUGAUCCCGGUACAAGGAAAGAUUCAAAAAUAGAUAAAAAAUCUUCGGGUGGCAAACGUGGUAAGAAGUGUUUGAGAUUCAACGAGCGUGCUACUUUCAUACCGCGGGAGGACGAGGAGGGCGACGAGCCCGAGGAGACGGAGGAGUUGUCGGCGGGGAAACGUUCACAUAAAGGCGAGAGCAGUUCCGACCACGGAGUAUCAGACUUCAGAAAUUUCUUUAGAAAGAAGAAAGAUCAUAAGUAAUAGUUUGUAAUAAGUACUUUAUCUUGUAUCUGGAUAUAAAGUGUAGUUUUGUAGGUUAA